AAAUUAUAAAAUGUUGGAUUUGGUUUCGGAUCAAAUUUUAUAUCAAAACUACUCAUUAAAUUUGCAUUGCUAAAAUAAAAUUGAACAACAAAACGUUUUGUUAUAUCGACUCCCCUUCCUUUUUCUGCGUGCAGUAGAGCAGGUUUUAGUUUUUAGACUGUAAUUUGUAAUUUAUUAACUUUAACGUAGCCUGUCGGUUACAAUUAACUACAGGGUUUAUCCGGAAAGUAAUAGGACUGAUUGUUUUCUGCAGCGAUUGUACUUCGGAGCGUGGUGAAGGUUUCCCAAAAACAGAAGUACCCGGAGAGCCAUUUUCGCGCGACGUGUUUCUGUGAGUGGUGCAAGCUGAAAAUGCAGCAUUCGUUAGAGCAGAGAUAGAGCAUUUCUACCAUAAUGGACACUGACGGAUACAAAAAGACCGGAAAUCUUGGUGCUCUACACGGUGGCCAGUACCAGUUGCAUACACUCAUGUUGCUCUACGAGCGGGCUACUUAUUCCGAACGCUACGAGGACAUGCGUCUGGCAACGGAAAUGGAUGCCGCCGGAAAGUUCGAUGAUUGUAUCCUAUCGUGGCACGAAAGGAAGACGGGAACGAAACAUUGGCUCUUUGUGCAGGUCAAGCGCAAGGAGAUGCCGGCAAAGCUUACCGAAGGAAAACUGCUGCCACUUUCUGCCAAGGAACGGAACGAAGGAGAUUUUUCUUUGUACAAAUAUUUGCUGUCAGCAUGGAAUAUCAAUAACAACGAAGAUUUCGAAGGAGCAAAGCAUUUACUUAUUUUUACAAAUGCUGGCCUUAGCAGUGAUCUGGAACUAUAUAUGGAGGAUGCGAGUGGCGAGAUCGAGGAUUGCUUAAAAGUUAAUCACAGCAAUGCCAGAUGGUUAAAAUUUAAAGCCACCGAUGAACAACUUCAACUCUUGGCUGACUAUGCCAGUAAAGAGUUCGAUGAUCUAGCUAGGAACAUCAGUGCGAUAAUGUUAGAAAGUCAGACUGAGUUCGAUGAAGAAUUGAUUAAAAAAUAUCGUGCGGCCCUUGCCAAUAGGAUUCUGGUGGCGGACAAAAGCUUCAUUUGGUUCGCUCCACGAUUUGUAAAAGGUUCAAAGCUUGAGCCGCUUGAAACGCUUCUGAGAAACAAAAUUUUUAAAGACGAAACCUAUGAGCAAAGAACCAAAUUCAAAGUUUCGAACAAAAACUUUAAUCAGAUUUUGCGUUCCAAAGACACCACUUGUGUAACGCUUCCUAAAAACAUUUCGAAGGAAGAGGUCAUACUAUUUUUGAGUCGAUUAAUCCUUGCUGUGGGCCAGCCAGAUAACAAAAAGUUACAGGACAUCAUAAAAGAUGACUUAGGUGCCUUAUGUCCAUCACAUGAUAGAGCAAUGAAAAACUACUUCGUAAUGUUAGCAUUCAAAUCUCUUCUAGAGCUCGUGAACAAUUGCUUGGAAACCAAACCGGGAAUAAUAUUAAAAAAAGAUUUUUUGAAAGAAAAAAUGGUUCAAACAGAUGAAUUGUACCGAAAUAGCACUAAGUUAAAUAUGUAUGCAGCCAAAUUUCAAGCAGAGAUGGAAAAUUUAGGACUCAGAUUUGUCGAUUUUGAUUUGACUACUACGAAAUUUCCACUCCUAGUUUUAACCAGUACUUCCGGAGGAUUGUUAACCCGUCUCAAAUAUUUUGGAAAACUACAGAGUUAUCCUCACUGCUGUUAUAAUUUGAAGGAUCUGACGGUCCAAUCGGAUCGAAAUAGUCUUUAUAGCAUGCUGAAAAAUCAACAAGGAGAAUUUUUUGUUUUGCUUAAUGCUUACGGCUCGAAAUUAGUUCACUUAGAUGAGAUUGUAGGUGAAAUACUAGCGAAUCCGUUGAAUAAGUUGAUCCUUUUGACAAAUUCCAAAGAACCUGUAGUUAAUUUGACAAAAAAAUUCAUUGUCAUUGAAGACGAGAUAAGUCACUGGCAUUUAUUGGAUGAACCAAGCCAACAGACAUUGAUGCAACGAACAGUUCUUUUCCAAAAUGUUGAAGUGACACUGUCAGAUUUGAUAAGCUUGGAUCCUGCACUUAGUAGUCUGUUGCAGGGAGAAAUCUUAGAACAUAUAAUUCGAGAUAAAACUCCCUUCAGCAUAGGACCGGAAUUGCCCUCUUUGCAAGUCAGGCAUUACCUUCCACGAACUAUCAGUUAUUCACAAAGUAAAGAUGUUUCUGACUAUUUAAGGAUCCCAACGGAAUUCGAUGAAAAUGUAUUCUUAAAACACGUGGGCGCAUCCAACAGUUCCAGAGUAAUAGUUCUGUCCUCGGCACCUGGAAAUGGAAAAAGCACUUUGUGGACAAGUUUAGCAUCAAAGGCAAAAGCGAUGUUUCCGACACAUUGGGUGCUGUUUCUUAAACUGCAGGAUUGUGUCGGCUAUGUUUCAAAGCCAUUCGAUGUAAAAGAUAUUUUUGGUGUGGGUGAUUUUGAAGAAUCAUACCUACAGUUACGUAGGGAGAACCCUAAGGGCAGAAUAUUCGUGUUUUUAGAUGGUUUUGAUGAGGUUCCUUAUGACACUGUUGAAAACAUGAUAACAUUCAUUAAAGUUUUAUCGAAAAAUGCUUUCUUACUUAUAAAUACGCGUAGUCAUCGGGAGAAAGACCUUGCCCAAGUUUUUCCAGGACGAGAGCUUUUUUGUCUUAACCAGCUCACCAGAAAUGAUCAGAAAACUAUGCUCGCAGAUUUCAUGAAUGUCGUUGACUGUAAAGAUGGACCACUGUAUGAUUUCAUGGAAAUGAUAUUGGAUAAGUUGCACGGGAAAUCUAUGGAAAGUGUCAACGAUUUUGUUGGAAUUCCUUUAUUGAUCGAAAUGUUUGCAUCGAUCUACCGAAGAUCAGUAGAAAUUUAUCUGAAGUGGGGAAAAGCAGAAAUGCUCCGGCAAAAUCAUCUUGCAUCUUUGAAUAUUCUACAGCUUUAUAAUCAGUUUGUCUACAGUUCUUACCGACGGAAAGUUGUGAGUCAACUAGGAUUAGAAGAAGAGAGUCAACACGCAAAAAAGCUGCUCAAUAAGAACAACUACAUGUAUCAAGGGUUUCUCGACUUGCAUAAUCAGCUCGGAUUGAUGAAUCUCAUCGAAGAGCAGAAGAUGAAAAUAUUCGGAUGGGAUGAAUACAGCUUGAAUGUGUUGCGACAAAAAAUUAAGCUACUGGAUUCUGCAGUAGUUUCGAAAAUUUCGUCUAGAUCGCCAAGUUUUAUUCAUAAAUCGAUCGGUGAAUACUUUGCUGCUAGAUUUCUGUUUGAAUAUCUCAUCUGCAUGGUUCCGGAUCAUAUAAAUAUAAGCUUUUCAAAUAACAACGCUGUUACGGAUACGCCCUCAGAAAGUAUUGAAAGCCUAUUCGACGUAUAUUACAACAGUUUGUAUCGAUACCCUACAGUUCGUAAAUUCUUCUUUACAAUUGCUAACUCAGCUAAAGAAGCAACUCUAGAUAAAUUGAUCAGCGUGUUGAUGUACAUGCGACCACAUUCUUUCUUUUGGGCGUGCGAAGAAAAUUGCACAGAAUUUGUACGUCGAAUGAUUGGAAUUGAUCCAUUGUUGUUGAAGUCUGAAACCAACACAAAGGAAUCUGUACUACAUUUAGCUGCAGCCAAAGGAAAUAAUGAAAUCUGUGUGCUUUUACUGAAAAAAAAAAGUUCUAUAAAUGCUUUAAACCAGUGGCGCCAAACUCCUCUACACAAAGCUUCAUUGAAUGGACACGCUCAAACCGCUGAACUUCUUCUUGAUCGAGGAGCAGAAAUUGACUGUGUGGAUUCCAAGUUCCAAAGUGCAGUUUAUUUGGCAGCACGUGCAGGAUACGCUGAGGUAGUUGACCUAUUGGCUCGCAAAGGUGCUAACCUAAAUCAAUUAGGUGAGACAGUUUGGAAUGCUUUGCAUGUCGCUGCUUUCCGUGGUCAUUGCGAAGUUGUUCGAGUAUUGCUGAAGUACGAUAUACAACUUAACAACCGCAUUGAAGGUCGCUGGAUUAUGUUCAUGGGUCAAAUGUGUUCUAAACCAAAUUCGGAUAUUGCGUUACUAUUGAUUGAUCAUGAACUCAAAACUGACCGCGAAUCUGGCAUAGCAACGUUAAAAUGGUUAGUUGAACGUGAUAAUGUACGUUUGUUCAAUACAGCAGUGGCCUAUCUCGAUCCUUCAAAUUUGAACGAAUUUUAUCAGUUGGCAAUAGCACGCCGUUCUUUUGAUGUAGCAAGAUUGAUAAUAUCGCUCGCUAAACCUUUCAGUUCUCUGGAAAACGCACUUCACUUAGCUGUAGCAAUGGGAGCUACGCAAUGUGUCGUUGAUGUUAUCAAGAGAAACCCAGAUGUGAAUAUGAAAGAUGAUAAAGGAAAAACUCCUCUUGAAUACGCCUUGAAGAAUGGCUACUAUAGUAUAGUACAUAUUUUAGUUAGUUAUUCAGCUGUGAUUAACAAGUACGAUUUGCAUAUAGCUAUCAAGUCUGGAAAACCCCAAUCAGACGUAUGCGUCGGAGUUCUACUGCACAAUAAAGCCGAUCCUAACAUCUGCGACACACACGGCCAAACUCCAUUACAUUGGGCAGUAAUAAAAAGGAACCUAAGCUGUGUGCAAUUGCUUUUCCAAUACGGAAUAAAUCCAACCAAAGCCAAUGCGGCCGGACAAACAGCUUUGCAUUUAGCUGUAAAAUCGAAGGACUCGGAAAUGGUUGAACUGAUUCUACAGUAUACCGAGAAACUUGAUGGGUUCAUCAACCAAAAAGAUAAACGGGGCAAUACUGCGCUCCACGAAGCCUUUGCUGUCGAGCAACUCGAUAUCAUGUACGUACUGAUAGAAAAUGGAGCUGAUCCCAAAUGCCUCAAUACAAAAAAACAAACCCCCUUGGAAUACGCUGGCACAAAAAUUGCCGAUACAUCCAAAGUUCAGCACUACCUCAAAAUUAUUUUGCUUACUUUGGAAGACAAAAACCCAGCUGAUGUUACAAUACAAUAGUUGGGUUUUGAUUUUAUUUGUAAAAGGUAGCUGGAAUGAUAUUUUUUGUUACAAUUAAAAAGUGUAUUACUUUUUAGGGAAAUCUGUGAUAAAUUUCUAAACCAACUACAAAUAUUCUGAAAUAUUGAAUGAAAAAAAUUUCAAGUAUUCGUCUAAGCGAUGAACAAUCAAAUAAUACUAUUUGUAACGAAUUAAAUUGUUAUUCGACGAUGUCACAUGUAUAAGCUGUAUAUAGUAGUUAACCGGAUUUCUGAGAUGAAAUAUUUUUCAUGUGUACGCUAGCUAUAAAAAUAACAAGCAUUGAAAAUUUUCAAAAUUUGUAGAUGUUUAUGACGCGAAGAUUCAAUAUUUCAUUGUUAUAUAGAUGUUU